AUGGCGCCUCCCAACAAUGCCCCGUCGCACACGAAACCGUCCGCGGACCGUAACGUGAAACACGUCGUGCUAGGUGACCUCCUUUUUCAGACCUGGUACCAGUCCAUCUACCCAGAAGACCUUGUGAGCAAGGAUACGGAUCGGUUAUACGUCUGUCGCUGGUGUUUCCGGUAUUCGUGCGACACAGACGCCUAUGCCAAACACACACGGGUUUGCGAAAACCGAACGACACCUCCGGGGACCAAGGUCUACGACCAUGGCGGGUACGCCGUAUGGGAGGUAGACGGUGAGGACCAUAAACUAUUUGCGCAGAAUCUCUCCCUGUUCGCGAAACUAUUCCUCGAUCAUAAGUCGGUCUUUUUCGAUGUCGCGUCCUUCCUCUACUACCUCCUCACGUUCACGGACCCCGAUGAUCCAGAAAAUUAUUAUAUCCUGGGAUUCUUCUCAAAAGAGAAGCUCUCAUGGGACGCAAACAACCUUGCUUGCAUUUUGAUCUUCCCUCCGUAUCAGCAUAAACAGCUGGGCAAGCUGUUGAUGGGUGUGAGUUAUAAACUGAGUGAUUGGGAAAAAGACGGAGGUUUGAUAGGUGGGCCGGAAAAACCACUAAGUGAGAUGGGACGAAAGAGCUAUAGUCGAUUCUGGGAGGAACGGAUUGCUCGAUAUUUACUAUUACAUGGCUCUGAUUCUGCAGACAUGGAGGACUCGCCACAGCAGAAGCCCAAGCCGUCCAAGGGCUCUCGCAAAAAGCAUCCCCAUGAAGUCAUGACAGUACAGGAUAUAGGAUUGGCCACCGGGAUGUUAACGGAAGAUGUCAUCACAGCUCUCAAAGGCAUGGGAAUUGUUGAACCUACAACACCGACUAAAAAACGUAAGGCGAAUCAAGAUGCUGGCGAACCUGAUGACGGCGGAACAGUGAUGAUACGAAAAUCGGAUGUGCUUGAAUGGGCAAAAGCUCAUCGUGUUACAUUACGAGAUCCUGUUAGAGAUGAGGGCUUUCUUGGAAGAUGGGCACCACGCGACACACCUGAAAUCAGCGAUUCAGGCAGUGGUGAGGGUGAUGAGUAA